AUGGGUCUAAAACAAGUCCGUGGAAUAAGAGCAGUGAUUGCUGUUCUUGGAAGGGUGUCACGUGCAGCGUUAAAUCUGGCCAGAUUAGAUGGCCCAAUCCCGAGAUCCUUGUCAAAAUUUCCCAACCUUAGACGGUUAUAUCUGAACCACAACAGUUUCAGUGGGUCAUUACCUAGAUCUCUAUCAAAGUUAGUCAACCUCCAUGAGUUUGAUGUAUCCAACAACAAGUUGGAAGGUGAAGUACCAGCUUACUUAUGGAAAAUUAUGGAGGUGUCUCUUUCUCACAAUUCUUUCACCAGUGUCGAAAAGUAUUCCGACGUAAUAAUACAAAGGCAGUCGUUGGUGUCACAUUCGAAUUUAUUACGAGGACCGUUCCCUCUUUGGAUAUGUAAUCUUAGAUGGCUACGCUUUUUAGAUUUGUCCAACAAUCUCCUCAGCGGCUCGUUACCUACAUGUUUAAGGAAUCUUGUUUAUCUUAUAGACCUGAAUCUGCGGAACAACACUUUCAGUGGAACACUUCCAGAUAUAAUUUCUGAUGCUCCCCAACUUCAGUCAUUCGACGUUAGUCGCAACCAGCUGUGGGGAAAGUUUCCAAAAUUCCUAAUCAAUUGCACAGCUUUGAAAAUUGUGAAUGUGGAGAGCAACAAAAUCAAGGACAAGUUUCCAUCUUGGUUGGAAGCUCUGCCAUCAUUACAUGUUCUCAAACUGGGAUCAAACAAGUUCUAUGGGCCGUUGUAUCAUGGCCAAGUGUCUUUCGGGUUUCAGAGUUUAAGGGUCAUCGAUAUAUCACACAAUGGCUUCACUGGAACUCUUCCACCUUACUAUUUUUCCAACUGGGAUGCAAUGACCACAAUAACCGAAGAAAAUGACCAGUAUAUGAAUGAUUUCUUGAAUUCUACGGUCUAUAACUCGAUGGAAAUGGUAACCAAAGGAGUAGAGAUGAGCUUUGAGCGGAUCCGAUAUGACUUCAGAGCCAUUGAUUUUUCUGGAAACAAAAUUUAUGGUAACAUCCCUGAGUCCAUUGGCUUAUUGAAGGAACUGCGUCUUCUCAACUUGUCAGGUAACGCUUUCACAAGCGAUAUCCCACGAAUCUUGGCUAAUCUGACAAAGCUCGAGACGUUAGACCUAUCUCGUAAUAAGCUGUCAGGCGAAAUCCCUCAAGUUCUUGGUAAACUCUCUUUUCUGUCAUACAUGAACUUCUCCCAUAACCUUCUCCAAGGUCCUGUGCCACGAGGCACACAGUUCCAAAGGCAGAAAUGUUCUUCAUUCUUGGACAACCCAGGACUCUACGGUCUGGAAGAAAUUUGUAGAGAAACUCAUGCCUUGAAUCCUACAUCGCAGCUACCUGAGGAAUUGUCAGAGGCUGAGGAACAAAUGUUCAACUGGGUAGCAGCUGCAAUAGCGUACGGACCUGGUGUGUACUGUGGAUUGGUGUUUGGAUAUAUCUACACUUCACAUAAUCAUGACUGGUUCACAGAAAAGUUCGGUCGAAAGAAACUAGUCCUUACAAGUGUCCGUUAAACCCAUCUCUUGUAGUGUCUUUAAGCAUUUGUGAAGCAAAUGUUGUGUAACGUCUUGUUCGUGUUUGUACUGAAAUUUUCAUGUGUAUGUUCUCCAAAAGACUCGUUUGUGUUUCUUUGUAUGUAAUUCCUAUGUAUGUAAUAAAACGUCUGGUGGUAGUCGAUAUAUCUUGGCUUGAAAAUGUA